CAGGUCUCAUGAAAUAUCUUACUAAAUUUCGAGUUGCCUACCUGUGGAUCAGUUAGACAGCUGUUUGUUUUGGAUUCUCUCUAAAUAUUUUCUCAAUUUAUAACCGUGGAUUACUUCAAUGGCCCGUUGCUGUUUCCAUGUCAGUCAUCAACGUUGUGUUCAUAGAAAAGAAGAUGUCAAGAAAUUGUGAUUUCUUAAAUAAUAAUGGAGCUGAAGGUAUGGGUUGAUGGCAUACAAAGAGUGGUAUGUGGAGUUACAGAAUCGUCCACAUGCCAGGAUGUUGUGUAUGCCUUGGCACAUGCCACUGGCCAAACAGGCCGUUUUACUCUUGUUGAGAAGUGGAGGAACAGCGAACGUCUUCUAGCCCCACAUGAACAACCUUUGAAAGUCUUAACAAAAUGGGGUGAAUAUGCAAAUGAUGUGCAUUUUGUGAUGAGAAGAUCUGCUGCAGAUUCAAAAUUACAAUCAUCAGGCAAUAAUCAAACUCAAAACAAUAAGAGGCAGCAUGAUUUUCUUCGCAGCUUUUCACCUACUAGUGGCAGCAACAAGCAGAAAGUACCUGUUAAUAACAAAGAAAUUAAAAAAUCCUUAACCUUCAGUUGUGGCCAUGGAAGUAGUGGUAGUGUUAGCAGUGAAAACUCUUCACCCCCCAUUAUAAAUGAUAGCACUCAGUCCAAAGGUGAAAAUAACUCUGGUAAUCGCAACAUAAAAAACCGGGAAGGACGUACUAAACAGGACCUUCCGAAAGGGGUGGUUAGAGGAGUACCACAAAGGCCUCGAGACAGUGAAAGUCCGAAUCCUUCGAACUCGAAAAUUGAACGACCGAAGCACCCUCCUCCUUAUGAUGAAGCUGUUUCUCGCUCCAGUGGCCGUUUUCCUGCUAGUCAUCUAUCAUUAGCAACUCCAGUACCAUCUCACACACAAGAUGAAGAAUCUCCUUCUAGUAAAAGACCUCAUCUUGCCAAUAGAUCUGAUCGCUUUUCACCUGUAGAUACAGGUCCUUCAUCCAGUCAGUCACAAGCUCAUACUCGUCAAUUAAAUAGUCAUAAAACUCAUCACUUAGUGGACCAAAAUAGAGAUUUCAAUAUGAGAAGUCCAGAACUUAUAUCUGGGCAUCAUGAACGUGUAAACUUAUUGCCAAAUCGUGCUAAAUCUCCCAGUAGGUCUCCAGAAAAGUCUGUCCAGUCUUUACAGAACAGUAUUUCAGAUGACCAAACAAAGUCAAAGAAAUCUUUGGCUUUAAAAUUUGAAAAUGAAAAGCACAUAUCUAGUGAAAAACUACAGAGUAUUGCACAAAAAUCAAACUCUUCUCAGGGAGAAGAUACAUCUCGUGAUCCACAAUAUCAAGAUCUUCUACGUUUAGUGUCUUUACAGAGGGAAAAGUUAGAUAAUCAGCAGGCUGAGCUUACUCAAUAUGAUGCGGAAAUAAUAUAUUGGGAAGGAAGAUUGCAAGAACAAGAAGAAAAAUUAAGCAUUCUUCAGGAAGAAGUAUGCCAUCUUGAACGAACACAUCAUGAGCAGGAAGGAGAGCUCAUUCAACUCGAUCGUCGAUCUUUUAGUGAAGAGGUUGAACUUGGUCGUCAAGAGGAGCGUACACUGAGGUCUGAGCUCACGUUAGCCCGCUCGCAGCUGGCCAAUUGUGAGACCGAGCUUCUGCAGUGUCGACAACGAAUCCGCCUACUUCUGGAAGAAAUUGCUGAAGAAAGACGUGUAAAGUCAAUCCGAGAGGAACAAGAAAAAAAGGAACAGGAAGAGCAAGAACGCCAUCUUCAGUCCCAAAUUGAGUGCAUUCAAGAGCAGUUGAAGGAUAAGGUGAUUGAAGCUGAAAAUCAGAAGGCUGUUACUGAGCAAGUAAAAGAAGAAAUGCAAGAACUUGAGACAAAACUUGCCGAGAAACAAAAGGAAAUGGAGAAACUUAUGGAAGAAAUAAGAGAAGCCAAUCUUCGAUCAUUAUCCCUUAUACCUGCUGAAGAAGGGAAAUUUAUAGCAGAAGGAAGCUUUCACAAUAGGCCUGGAAGCACACGGAAGAUAAUUGGCUCACCCAGGCAGUUGGAGAAUGCUGUGCCUACUAACAAAAAUCCGCAUGGCGUAUGGGUCUAACUGUAUUUUCAUAUUUAGAAAAAAAAUUGGAUUUGUUAAAAAUAACUAUUUGUUUAUUUUUAAAAAUCACUAUUUAGUUUUUAUAUUUAUAAUCUUCAAACAUAAUUAUUGAAUUUUUAAAGCAAUUUAUAUAAUCUGUAAAAGUUUUUAAAAAUUCAUUAAUUUUAAGAUUUUUUGACAAGAUUCAUUAAAAAUAUUUUUAAAACCUUAAUAGAGAAGUGGAUGUCUUGCUAAUUAGCUCUUCAUUUAAACUUAACUGUGUCAUUUAGAUCAUUAAUUCUUUCGCAUCUGUAGACGCCAAAAUCUGUUUCACUCGUACAACUGGAAAUGCCUGUAUAUCUGUACUUUUGUUGGAAUGGAUUUCCUUCCCCCGUGCCAGUUAGAUUGCUACAGCACUAACAGUAACCUGCUUAAGUAAAUCUUCAUACGCCUUUCACCACUGUCUUCGGCUUCCCCAUUGGACAGGAUUGCAACUUUGCACAUUAAUAGCUAAACAUUGAUGCUACACAAAGGAGAAGGAAGGAGCGUUCAUAUAACAGAACUAGGAUUAGCAUGUCAUUUAGCAACUCUCGAAAGCAAUGAGUCAUGUACUAACAUGAUGGGGGAAGAGCACCAGAUACAAAAUGAUUCAGGCACUUGGAUGACUUGCCGGUGUCUGAAUGGUUUGCAUUUUGGGAGACUUCGAUGCGAAAGAGUUAAACAUGUUCAAUCAGGGUACUAUGUACCCUGUUGGAUAUUUUAAUAAAAAUUUAUGGUUUUAGUUUGUGUACUUCUCUUUCCUUAAUGCACUGAACCCUGCAUAAUAGAAAACAAAUUAUUAAAAUUUUCAUUAGAAGAUAUGCUCAAAAUUUAGAAAAAUUUAUUUCUUGUUUAAUACUUUCAGAUUUUAUUCACUGAAAUUUAUGAUAGUAAUUAUCUAUUAAAAUACCAUUUCUUUGGUUAAUUUAAUUUUACCAAAACUUGUGCAUAAAAGAAAUGUUCCAAAUUUAAAAAUUAUUUUUCAGCUUAUUCAUGAUAUUUGGCUUGUUAAAAUAACUCGGUUACGUGUCAUAUGCAUGUUCAGAUUGUGUUACAUUGUUCAGAUAAAUACAUAAUGUUUGAAUAUUUUUUCAUUAAUUUGUAGAUCUUAAGAGCUGUAACUCAUGUUGGGUAAAUUUUAUGGAUAUUAAAUUAUACUAUAUGUAAUGAGCUUUCCAAAGUCAUAUCUUAAUUUGAUUUUUCAUGUGCUCAAACAUGAGAUGUUUGAGGUAUUAUGGAUUUUAGUUGCUGCUCACACUUGUCUUUACACAGUGUAUAAAUGGUAACAUUUUGCAUUGUUCAGUUGAUAAUUUCUAGAUUCUUUUUUAAACUUUGUACAUAUGUGUAUACACAUAAAUACAUAUGUGUAUGAAUUUGUUCAAAAAAGCAAUGUGCCAUUGCUUUGUUAAAUAUUGUAUGUAAUAUAUAUGCAUUGUUAGUGUUUACUAUUGUAAUUCCAGUCUAUACUUUAAAUUUGUUAAUUUCUAAGCGAUGUACUUUGUUGAUUUUUAGUUGCAUUUAUAUUCUAAUGCUCAGUAUUCUGAAUAUUUUUAAGCAAUAUUUUCUGCAUGUUUUUGAAAAGGAUUAAAUUUCAGAAAAAAAUCUUAAAAGCCUUAGCCCCUUCCCGGUACAGUAUUUUUCAUAAAUGUUUCAUUGUAUUAAUUAAAAUUUUAUUGUUUUAAAAUGUUUCAUAAAAAAUAAUGUAUGUUGAAUGUUUCAAUAAUGUAAUUUCAGUUUCUUAUUUUUGUGAUGCUUAAUGAAUUAUUCAGUUCAUAAGCAGAUUUUCAAAUGUACAAUAAUGCAUGUUUGCAGCCUCACAAGAGAAAAAAGCGCAUGUUAGUAAUAAGCGUGAGAUUGUAAAGUAAAUAAUAAAAUUCAAUAUACUAUUAUCACUGGAUAUCAAAUGUAGAAAGUAGCUGUCAUGGAAUACUUGAUAUAAUCCUUUUUCUACUAUAAGUACUGCAAAAAUUGUGCAUAUCCAACCAUUGCCUGAUUUGAUUAGGCCCUACUGUUGUCAAAUUUCAGAAUUCUCUGGUCUUCCACCUGGUUAUAAAAUUAACUAUUAUUAAUUUCCAUUUAUAAUUAUUUUUCCUCUUCUUCCAGUAGUAAAAUUUAUAAUUUUAUUUACUUAUGCCAAAAAUUAAAAAGAGUUGUCAAGCCACUGCAUUCUCAUUUUAGCCUUGGAAUAAAAUAACUGUAAAAUCCAGCAGAAUGCAAUUUGUCUUUUACUUGGGCAUGCUAUUGUUUUAUAAUUAAUGAAACCAUUUCUUGUAUCUCUUGGAUUCUUUGCAAAAUGCUCUGGAUAAAUGCAUUUUAGUUCUAGGCAUCAUUUUCUUCUUAUAACAGUGAGAAUGUUGAUUGUUAAUCAAUAAUGUAUAUCUAAUUUAUAAUGGAAAAUCGUGUUGUGUUUUAUUAAUUUAUAUACAGCACUCAAACAGGUUUUUUUUUAAUUAUUAAAAGAUAAUUUUAUAUCCAUGUUUAUAAAAAAAUGGUUCAAUCUUUUAAGGAGACAAAAUAAUUUCAGUUGAAAGUUUUUCCCAAAAUUUGUUUCUUUUUAGAUAUUAUAAUGCAUUAGUUACUAUACUUGUAUUUACUGCUAUUUAUUACCAUUAUAUAUAUUAUAAUUGAAUUUUCUGUUGGUAUACCUUUAAGUUGAAAGAAAUUAAGAGCUUUUCCUUAAGCCUUUUUAACAAUGUGAAUUGUAGAUAUAAAUAGAAAUAUCAAUUAAAAUAUGUAUAUAUAAUCUAAAAAGUAUAAAAAUUAUGCAUGCAUUGCAUCUAAUAAUGUAUUUUUAGGGCAAUUUUUGCAUCUGAAUUACUGUAAGUUACUCUUUUGAUUAGUAUAGUUCGAUCGCCUUAUCCGCAACCAUGAGCGCAAACACGCAUGCGCCAUUCAGACCGAAUUAUUCUCAGUAGGGUGAAAGGAUGGGGACUUUCUUUCCCUCCAGCAUAGCUCUUUCUGGAGAAGAGCAGACCUUUCACAUCGCAACAAAUAAUAACGCCCCUUUUGGACGAGUCUAUGCAGAAGCGUAGCUAAGAUUUUCAACGCCCGGGAACACCUAAAGAUUUUGCGCCCUUUUCAAAAUUUCAUUUUGAAAUAUGUAUCAUCAGUUUGGUGCUCCCUGGAUGCUGCGCCCGGGAUGGAUGUCCCCCCUUGCCCCACCCUAGCAACGCCACUGAGUCUAUGUGUUUUGGCAGAAUGCCAACAAGGGUUGCACUUGAGAUGGUCGAACUAUAACAAGUAUCAUUCUGGAAAAGAAUAAUUCAUACCCAUUUUCAUAUCAUAUAUACCUGUUCUUGUAUACUUACCUGAGGAUAAAAUGUGCAGUUUUUCAGAAUCCUGAAUUAUUUUUAUAUUUGAAACUGUAUGUUAGUGUUCAUUGCUAUUUAUUAUAAAUGUGUUAAUUUUGUUCUUAUAUUUUUUACUGAAAUUAUAAAUAAUUAUAAGCUUAGUUAAUUAAAACUAGGUUUAACAUAUACCUUAGUUAGUUGAAACUAAAAUUGAAUUUAAAUAAAUUCAAGAAGCUGAAGAACCCUAAAAGUACAUUUUGAUAUUAGUAGUUAUAUAAACAAAUGCAUUUAUGAGUUCUCUAAUUUAAAUGCAUAAACAUAUCAUUGAUAGUAGUAAUUUAAGGUACUGAUAUUUGGUACUUGAAUAUGGCAACUAAAGACUAAGUUUAUGAUUUAAGGAUGGGACAUUCUAAUCAUUGAAUCUUAUGAAUAUUUUAAAUCCAAUCUUAAAAAACUGUUAUAUUUUUAACUCAAUUUUUUGGGAGGGAUUAAAUUUAAACAUUUAUUAAAAUAAAAAAUGCAAUUAUUGUAAUUUCAUCGGACCUGGUCAAUCUAUAUCCACAAAACUCCUUCCUGAACUCUGAAUUUUUUUUAGAGAAUAUAGUUUCUCAUGUUUGCUGUUUAUCUACGUUAACUUUUGAAAUGGUUUUUUCCCCUCUACACUUGCUUUGAUUUGAAAAGAUUCUAAAAAGUGGAAAAACAUCAAUGAUUAAAAAUUUUAAUCAAACUCAAAUAAUUUUUGUUAAGUUAUUCAAAGAUUUUAAUUCUCAAAUUUCAUUUAUAGUUCCUUAAUAAAUAUGUGUGUUUUUAAAGUGUAUUAAAUUUGUUUUUCAUUAAAUACAAAUUUCAAGUUUAGCUUUACAGCUUUGAAUAUAAAACAGAAAAGCCUUUUGCCCCUUAUUUGAAAGGAUUCAAAAAUGUUGAAUACCUUUUAAGAUUUGGAUUUUGAGAAAAUUUAGAAUUCAUUGCACAUGUAACUUAAUUCUGAAAUAGCUUGUGAAGUAAGUGUGAUGCCACGUAAGUAAGAUAAAUUCUAUCAAAUUACUCAUACUGGUAACAAAACUGCUUCAUAUUUUGUAUAUCAAAAUGUAUGUAAAGAAACUUUAUAAAAAUGUUUCCUUAACUUGUUACUUAAAACUGUGUGAAAAUCCAUUUCAAUAGCACAAAUGAUUGUAAUGUUCAGUUUGCUCUUCUUGGUACGAUAUUGUGCUUUUAUACCAGUGGCAUUUAAAGUGUGUGAUUGUUUUUAGUUUGUGUGAAUGUCAUUUAAUGCCUUUAAAGAAUAUGUGGAUUUCAGGCUAAAUAAAUGCUUAUUUCCAGAUGUG